AUGUUUUCACAGUUUUUUCCUUUCAAAGUAAUACUUGUAUUACUGCUCGCGACUUCAACCUCACACAGUACGCAACAUUUGGGGCGAGGUAAAGCUGCUGAGCCAGAACGUUUAACAUGGGAUAAGAAUGAAGAUUACAUUUCUUAUGUGUUCACCGAUGGGACCAAGAAUGCCGAGGAACACGUUGAACCUCUGGACUUGCCACAGUGGGAUCCCACAUGCCCACCAAGUUGUAAAUCGCUAACAACGAUCAUGAAUUGCGUCUCGACCGUAGAAGAAAAAAGUUCAAUAUGUAAUGUUGGGGGUAGGUGUAAGUGUAGGACCUCUAUAUUUUUGGAAAGGGAUUGCUUGGAAUGUGUGAGCCGGUAG